AUGUCAGUGACCGAUAGACCGCCUGACCGGAAACGUCCUGCUUCCCGGCCUAAUUUGGCCAAUGGAAUUGCCGAGAACAAUCAUGUAGACGAGACAACAGCCCUCUUAGGUUCCGAUACUCGAGAUCGCUCACCAUCGCCAGACGGAGAUAGCAUCAACGAAGACGAGGGAAAGCCUCUGCCCAAGGUCCAAAUUCUGCUCCUCUGCUACGCUCGAAUCAUAGAGCCGCUGGCCUUCUUCUCCAUCUUCCCAUAUGUCAACCAAAUGAUCCAAAGCAACGGAGGCGUUGCAGACACUGAUGUCGGGUUCUACAGCGGCCUCAUUGAGUCAUUAUUCUCGCUCACGCAAGCCAUCGUGAUGAUAUUCUGGGGCCGAGCCUCCGAUCGCUUCGGGCGCAAGCCAGUCCUGGUCUUCUCGUUAUUCGGCGUGACCUUAGCUACAGGUCUCUUUGGCACAGCAAAGACUAUUCCCCAAAUGGCCUUGUUCAGGUGUCUCGCCGGUGUCUUCGCUGGCACUAUCAUCACCAUUCGUACCAUGAUCGCCGAACACAGCUCGCCAAAGACCCAAGCCCGGGCUUUCAGUUGGUUCGCGUUCAGUGGCAACCUGGGUAUCUUCCUGGGGCCUCUGCUGGGUGGUGCCCUUGCCGAUCCAGUUCGUCAAUACCCGGGUGUCUUUGGAUCCGUCCGGUUCUUCCAAACCUACCCCUACGCGCUUUCCAGUCUGGUCGUGGCACUAGUAGGAGCAACCGCUGCCAUUUCCAGUGCCUGCUUUAUUGAAGAGACGUUACAGAAGGACCCUGAUCCUACGGACGGCGAUGAGGAGACAGCCUCCGACGCACCGGUGCCCAGAGCCGAACUUUCUACCCGGGAACUCUUGAAGUCGCCAGGUGUGGGCAUAGUCAUCUACAUCUAUGGUCACAUCAUGGUCCUCGCAUUUGCAUACACAGCCGUUAUCCCCGUGUUCUGGUUCACGCCCGCGAGGCUGGGAGGAUACGGCUUCACGUCACUGCAAAUUUCGCUGAUGAUGGGUCUAAGCGGUGCCGCACAAGCUGCCUGGCUCCUCCUAGUCUUCCCGCCCUUGCAGCGAAAAAUCGGAACUAACGGGGUGAUCCGCCUGUGCGCCACAGCCUAUCCGUUCUUCUUCCUGUGCAUUCCGUUUGGAAAUGUCCUCCUCAAAAUUGGGACGGAGGCGUCUGUCAAGACGUUCUGGGUCUUUGUGCCGGUGAUUAUGGUCAUCGGUUGCGGAGUCAGCAUGAGCUUCACGGCAAUCCAACUCGCCGUCAACGAUAGUGCACCCUCACCAAGGGUUUUGGGUAUGCUGAACGCGCUGGCCUUGACUAACGUCAGCGCUCUGAGGGCCUUCUGCCCUGCUCUCUUCACCACCCUCUUUGCAGUAGGCGCGAGGACACAAGCGGUGGGAGGUUAUGCCAUCUGGAUUCUGAUGAUUCUGAUUGCUGGUGGGUUCACCGUGGUAGCUAGAUACCUCCCAGAGCCCCAGAAGAACCGCAAGCGCCGAAUUGUCUAA